CAUUGUAUCAGGACCUCGUGUCAAUCAUUUGUGAUUACUGCAGUCUGCAGAGAAUUUUUAUGUUAUAUACUCUAUGAUCAAGACCGACUGGACCUCGUGCUGAUAUUGAAACAAUUUUUUGACAAAAAAAUAAGAAAAGAGUAAUUUAAAAGUCAUCAUGACAGACAGUGACGAUGAAAUUCCUCAGUUAAGUGAAUCAACAAUGGCUGCAUUACAGGAAUUUUAUGCAGAACGUCAACAAAGAGAAGAACAAAUAAGUAAAACGAUAAUAGACGGUGACAAUGAAACAUCUGAUAACAAUGUUUUCGAUGAAGAUUGGCAAUUAAGUCAAUUCUGGUAUGAUGAUGAAACGGUUAAUACAAUAACUACAGCAGCUCUCAGUAUUACUAACAAUGAUGGGAAAAUAGCUCUAAUUUCAUGUCCAACAUUAUAUAGAGCGUUAAAAAAAGAUGCAGGAAACAGAACAAUUAAAAUUUUUGAAUAUGAUCAAAGGUUUUCUGUUUAUGGAUCAGACUUCAUUCCAUAUGAUUAUAAUUUUCCACUCCAUGUACCUGAAGAAAUGUCUAGUGAUUUUGACCUUGUGAUUGCGGAUCCACCAUUUUUAUCAGAAGAAUGUCUUACAAAAACUACUGAGACGAUUAAAUUUUUAUCAAAAAAAAAUAUUGUUUUAUGUACAGGUGCACUAAUGGCUGAUUUAGCAGAAAAACUUUUAAAUGUUAAAAAAUGUGACUUCCAACCGCAUCAUAAAAAUAAUCUAGCAAAUGAAUUUUCAUGUUUUGCUAAUUUUGAUUUCGAUGCAUUAAUAAAAUAA